AUGUCUUUUGAAGCGAUACAACCUUCCACUGCCGGACCGUCUCGACAACGAUCCUCAUACACUCCGGCUGACUCGACCUCGUGUAUAUCUUGUGGAAAAUGUUGGCCAUGGGUGAUUUUUCAGCCAAGACCUACAAAGUCUAUCCAUACUAUCAACGUAUGUAAUAGAUGCGUUCGACCUGAUUUGGAAGCUCAAAGAUGGAAACAGAUAGGAGAACAAAUGCGAAAUGAUCUCAUAAAAGCUAGACAGAAGGUAGCUAAACGUCAGAAAGAGUUAGGAUACAGUGAUACAGUGGCCAAGGACCAUGGACCUCAAUCACUAUCUCAACCACCCCUUCACACCUCGUCUGAAUCACGACCUCGUCAAUUGCCUACUGUCAAGACAUCGAAAUGUCGACAGAGGUAUUUGACCGAAGAACAGUUGGCUAUAGUUGCAAGCAGUUUACCUACUCUGAAAACUAUCUCUGAACCUCAAAGAGCUACAUUAUGGUUGCAAAUGACUUUCAGACCUUCUACCCCGGACAAAGAAGUACGUCAAGUUGAGCUCUUCAAUUCAUAUCGCCUUUUCUUUCAGGACUCAGACGACAAGAAUGGAAACAGCUCUUCAUCGUUGAUCGAAGGUGCGAACUUGAUCAAACUCGCUAUCAAGUUAUGGCAAGAAGUAGGCGUAAAAAUGGAAGGUAGACCCAGAUACACCAUUUCAGGAUUAGAAUACAAAACGAACUCUAUGACAGAUGGGAAAUCUCCUCUGGCUGGUCCAUCACAACUCAAUGUUUCACAAUCACAACCGAAUACAUAUGAACAUCAUUUUCAACCAAAUCCUACACAGGCACUCGUAGACCCACCUUCGAGACAAGUAGUUCCGCAAUCAAUACUGCUCCCUGUCGCCCCCCUGCACAAAACUCAAUCUACAUUCUUACUCAAUGAACCCUCCGUUCAGAUACACAAGGACAGACCGGAAACGGUGAAAGAAGGUCACUUGGAUAUCAAACGAAUUGCGAAGCGAAGUAGGGACGGUUCAAUACCGAAGACACAUGGGGACGAGAGGAAAGACGGCUCUAGUAUGGUAACAAACCAUCAAGUGAUCGUAAUCGACGAUGAUGAUGAAGAGGAAGAGGAUGACUGGAGUGCCCUAAAACAAAAAAAGAGGGCAAAGACCGGUCAUCCGGGUCCUAUCCUUUCCAUUGAUCAAAAGGUAACCGCCGAUCUCUCUAUCCAACCUCGUCCCAGAGCAUCUUCUGGGAUCAAAAACUACAGCACUACAUCCAGUCAUCGACAACAUCAAGAGGAGGAGGAUUUCGAUGAGCUGGACGAUGAUGAUGUGGUGAUGAUUCCGACCCUUGAGGAAGGGGUAGUACAUGAACUUAGGGGCUCAGCGGAUGAAGAGGCCGAAGUAGGUGAUAUGUUAUUCUGA